UCAUGCUCAGCAGCAAAAUGGCCGCCCGUCAACCGACUGACUCCACAGCGCUUUGAAAUUUUAAUUCUUCUGCACAUUAGGGUUUACACUAUUACGACGUCAGUACUUAUUUACACACCAGUAGCUCGGUACGCGUGCAUUUCUAAUCAUCUGCCACUCGCGUUGACUGUCCGCACGAGCGUCGCUGUUCUUGUUGCCGCGACGAAUGCCUCAAAAAGCGAGGAAAGAAAAUCGCACUUAAGCACUUUAGCUAAGCUAGCUAGCACGCGAGCUUUUCUUCAUAUGUGAUUCCAGAGAAGAAACGAGUAUCGGGACAUGAGCAGUAGUUCAUGGAAGACAAGAAAAGGAAAAAAGACGACAAAAGGAAAAGGGAAGCCUCUCAGAAGGCCACAGAACAAAAAAACAAAGUGCCAGACUUGACCAAGCCGGUGUCUGCCCAGUCUCCUGCCACUCAGAGCAGCUCUGCCUCCCCCAGCCCUGGACCCACCCCCUCUGCCUCCCCAUCCCCAGCCACCUUGGGCCCUGGCAGUGCUGCCAGCCCGUCACAGGGCGGCAACAAUGCCAAGCGCCUGGCGGUGGCCAACGGACAGCCAACCUCCACCACCAUUUCUUCCUCCACCGCUGGCGGCCCCGGUGCUGCUGGAAACGGCAGUACGAGUAGCGGAGGCGGAGCUCAAGCGCCUCAGCAGCAACCGCGCUACAUGCCGAGAGAAGUGCCACCGCGAUUCCGCUGCCAGCAGGACCAUAAAGUGCUACUGAAGAGGGGUCAGCCGCCACUGUCCUCCAUGCUGCUUGGAGGAGGAGGAGGAGGAGGAGGAGGAGGAGAUGGCCCCAAUGCAAACAUGGCUGCUGUCUCAGAUUCUGGUGCAGCUGCCUCAUCCUCAUUGGCCCUCACCUCAUCAGUUGCUGCUUCUACUACUACUACUUCUAAUUAUGCAAAUUCCAUGUGGGGGGCAAGCUCAGGCAGCCAAGUCUCCUCUCAGGGCAGGGAGAAGGUGAUCGUGGAUGGCAACGACCUGGAGGAAUGGCCGAGCAUCGCUGGCAGUGAAGGGGUAGGAGCUUCUUUCACUGGGGCUGGAGGGGUCAGCAGCAACAAUGGGAUUCCUGUGAACGGCAUUAGUGCCUCUGGCAACCAAUCCUCACCCACUUCCUCGUUCUCUUUGCCCAAUGAAUGUAUGCAGUCGUCCAACGGUGUGGCGUGGGGGACGGCUGCCUCCCCGGGUCAUCUCGGAGGAGGAAAUGCAGUAGCUUCAGCUGGGCCUCCGCUACAACAGCCCUCCUCACUUUCCAAAGCCUCCGCUGUGCCAGGGAGCCAUGAUGCCAGUGGCCCCGUUGACGGCAGCAGUGGGAUUCCAGGUGCCAACUUCAAUCCAAAUGCCAACCCUUCGGCCUGGCCUGCCCUGGUACAGCAGGAUGGGCCCGCUGCUGCAGGGGAAGGAGGUCCGUCUUCCUUCCAUCACCAGGGCCCAGGAGGGUCUUUAUCUGCCAACAACUCUGCUUCCCUGAGCCUGGCGUUGGGAGGCGGGUCAGCCGGGGUGCUGGGGGGUCCCCCACCUUUAUCUGUGAAUCAAUCAAGCACCCAUCAGCGGCAACUUCACCAAAUGCAAUCCAGAGACCGAGAGAUGGGAGUGGGCAAGUGGGACAGCGAAUCAGCGGGACCAAAAAUCGUAGGGGGGGAAGGGAUUGGUGCAGGAAUGGACCGUGGUGUGGGAGGAAGCGAGAUGAGUGUGGGAGACCACAGCCUUGCCUCCUCGUGGAGAGGCCAGUCUUCUUAUGCUGCAGCUAACUCCAAAUUGGGUGCCUCAAGGACUGAUGGAUGGGAGGCUGGAGUAGGUGGCACAGGGGGAUUCGAAGCUGCUGAAGGAGAUAAUGGGACCUCGGGUUGGGGGUAUCAGAGUUCAACUAGUGGGGUUGGUGCUUGGGGCAGUGCUGGAACUGAGGGAAACAGUAGUCAAACCUCCGGGGUAUCUCAGGGAGGGUGGGGGUCAUCAGGAGUCGGAGGAGAGAGAGGAGUUUCUGGUGGUGAAUGGGGUGGGAGCUCCACUGGUAUUGGUGGCGCUAAUUCAGGAGGGGAGGGAAUUGCUGGAGCAUGCAGCAGUAACAGCAGCAGUAGUGGGGGCAGCACAGCUGGCAACGCCCCAGCCACCUCUUCCUCUUCCUCAACAGCCACCACUAUGACCAGAGCUUGGGACAAUCACAAGGGGGAAAGUGAAACGGGGGAAUGGGGUGGGGGAGUAGAACCACAGGGAGCACAGGGAGGAUCUUCCUCUAGUGGUGGAAAUUCGAGAAAUGGGGCCGAGCCCAACAGUAGACACAGUUGUCCUCCCCACCCUGAACCUAACGCUGAAGCUGCCUUAGAAAACCUGCUCAGCCGGUCUGAUCUGGACCCUCGCGUGCUGUCCAACACGGGCUGGGGCCAAACACAGAUCCGACAAAACACGUCCUGGGACUUUGAAGAACAUGGACGACAGAGUAAAGGUAGAUCAUCAUCAUCAGCUACAUCAAAACACGCAUCUUCUCUUGGUGGUUCUUCUCAGUAUUCUGGUGGACCCAGGACUCUAAUCACUGAUUCAAUGGGUCCAGGGGUCAAUCCCUCCCUGGUUCCAUCUGCUGGGUCGUCCGGAGAGGGCUGGGAGAGCAGCAACAGUAGCAGUAGUGGGGCCUCCCUGUCUGGGAGAGCCCCACCAACUUCAGGCCCCAACAUGAGGAAUCUUGGCGUCUCACAAUCUGGGCCAGUGACCAAAACAGGACCCGGAAUGGGGUCGGGUGUAAUGCCAGGACAUAGCCAGCAGGGUAAGGCUACAGGCUGGGGUGGAGGAGGGAUGGGGGCCGGGGAUACCCAGCAGGCCAAGAGCUGGGGAAACGAGGAAUGGAGAGACGGUGGUAGUGGUAGAGGAGGAAAUGGAGGAGGGCGGGGUGAUGUUGGGCAACAGGGCGACUCGGUGAGUGCAGGCUGGGGAGGAAAUAAGGAGGAGAAAGGGGCAGGGGGGUGGAAAGAAAUGGGAGGGAAUGGAGGAGGCAGUGGAUGGGGAGCAGGCCAGAAGGUUGGGGCAGGUAGGGACUGGGGAGAGCAACAGUCCAAAUCAAAUAGCGGAGGAGGGGGAUGGGAGGAUGACAGGAAGAAUGGAGGCGGAAACUCAGGUGGGGAUUCAGGUGUGGGUAGUUGGGGCAGCUGGGAUGAGGGUGCUCCGCGGAGAACCUGGGGAGCAGGUGGCACAGGAGGAGGAGGGGGAGGAGGAGGAGGGGGCUUGGGGUCUAAACCCCAUCAAAGUUGGAGUGGAGGAAACAAAAUGCACCAGAUGCCAAACAGCCAGCCGGGUUCCAUCACAGCUCCGCAGGCACAACAGCAACAGCAACAAUCACAGCCCCGCAAUCAGCAUCCGCAGCGACAACCAGCGUUGGACCAAGGGGCUAUGCAAGGGGUCGGGGGUCGGAAACCCAUCUCUCAAGCCCAGAAUCAGAACCAAAACUCAGGCUGGACCUCAGGGCCCAUUCCUGGCAGCUCCGGUGGAGGUGGAUCUGGAUCUGAACCAAGCGGAUGGGAGGAACCCUCGCCGCAGUCUAUAAGCAGAAAGAACGAGAUAGAUGAUGGAACAUCAGCAUGGGGCGACCCAACCCAUUACAACUACAAGCCAGUCAACCUGUGGGAUAAGAACGGCGCCCCUGCUGGACAGCAGCCACAUGACCAGCAGCCACAUAGCCAGGUUCAGCCUCAAACUCAAGCUCAAGCUCAGGCUCAGGCUCAGGCUCAGGCUCAAGCUAAGCAACAACAACAGCAACAACAACAACAGCAACAACAGCAACAACAACCACCUCCAAUACAGCAGCAGCCUAGCAGACAAGCUGCAGCACUUGGAGGUAACAGAGACUUCAACACUGGCCAUGGACCGGUAAAAACUUCAGCUAUUGGGCCGUCAGGUUGGGGUGGUACUUCUCCAACGAGUCCUUCAAUAGACAAUGGCACAGCAGCGUGGGGAAAGACGACUGACGCACCUUCUGGUUGGGGAGACCCCGACGACGCUGAAGGGAAGACGGCGGGCUGGGGCAACCCUCCUCCAAACCCCAUCCAAUCUGGUUCAAAGUCUAUGCAAGAUGGCUGGGGGGAUAAAGAGGCCUCUGUGGCUGCCUCGCGUCACCCAAGCUGGGAGGAGGAGGAGGAAGGAGGCGGCGGCGGCAGCAGCGGCGGCAUGUGGAACAGCCCCGGCUCCCAAGGAAGCAGCUCGUCUUGGGGACAAGGAAGCAAUGGGGGCUGGGGGCAGACCCACCCUGGGAAGAAACCCACCAGCAAGGGUUCACUGAAGGUCGGCGGAGGAGACUCGUGGAUGAGCCCCAUCAACAAGCAGUUCUCUAACAUGGGGCUGAUGAAUGAUGAUCCCGGGAGCCAAAACAUCGACUUGUCUCUGGGUUCUCUCCAGGAGAAGAAGAUGGAUAUGGAGAAAAGAGGCAUGGGGAUGAACGAUUACAAUGGAGACAUAAGGAAGGGAGGAAGAGGAGGAGGAGCCGGGAUGGCUUAUCGUCCACCUGGUUCCAAAGACGCAGCACCUGGGGACGCUGGGUCCUACUACGACAAGACCUUGCCUUUGACCAAUCAGGAUUGGUGCCUUGGGGAGGAGGGUCCUUGCUCUCUGUACUCACCACCCACUAUCUACAAGCCCCAAUCCCUCUUCAACCACAAUAUUCCCUUUAGACAAGGCGGUCACGGUAUCUUUGGCAGUAGUGGAGGGAUGGCUCAGUCAAGACAUCAGCCACCUGUCCCACCCAUAAACCCGUCCCCAGGGAUACGAGCGCAAGUGCCUCAUCAGUUCCUGUCACCUCAGGUGCCGGCCUCCGUGCUGAAGCAGAUGCCCCCUCCCAGUGGGAGCGUGGGGGGUGUUGGUGGCGUGGGAGGAGUGGCGGGCGUCGGGGGAGGUGUGUUCCCCCCACAGCUGUCUCCCCAGCAUAUUGCCAUGCUCAGCAGCAUCUAUCCACCUCACAUCCAGUUCCAGUUGGCUUGCCAGCUCCUCCUCCAGCAGCAGCAGCAGCCGCAGCAACAGCAGCAGCAGCAGCAACAACAGCAGCAACAGCAGCUGCUGCAAAACCAGAGGAAGUUCCCACCGAAUGUGCGGCAGCAGGCUGACCCUCAACAGCUGGCCAGGAUCAUGGCAGUGCUCCAGCAGCAGAGGCAGCAGCAGCAGGUCGGGGGUUUAGGCGGCAGCUCCAAGCUUUCCCCCUCCCACCAUGGGGGAGUUGGGGGAGUUGGUCCCAAACUGCUGGGCUCUGAUUCCCUGCCUCAUCCAGGCCUGGCGGGAACUGUGGCUGAUCUGCACCAGAAGACUCUUGGACCAUAUUCCGGAUUUGGAUCUGGGGUAAACCUCCCAGGUCUGGACCUGGGCGGCUCUGUUGGAGGGGGUCCUGGGGGCAUGAAGGACCUCGGGAUUCAGCAGCAGUCCCGUUUCAAAUGGAUGAUGGAGGGACAGUCUUCUCCAGACACCUCCUCACCCGACAACGCAUUCCACAAAAACGGUCCCGUCACCCCCAUGAAGAUGCCGGGGGGCUCGCCCUACUCCCAGUACGACAUGAUGGUUGGGGACGGGCUGGGAGACAACUGGCAUCGCACCCCCGGCACCAAGAUGGGUACCAAGCCCCCCACCACGCCCAGCUGGCCCCCUGAGUUCCAGCCCGGUGUGCCCUGGAAGGGAAUCGACCGCGUCGACCCUGACUCCGACCCUUACAUGACCCCAGGGAGCAUGAUGGGAAACGCAGUGUCCCCCAAUCUCAACGAUACCGAGCACCAGUUGUUACAAGACAAUACAGAUUCCACCCCUCCCCUCAACACCAUGCUGCCUUCACCUGGUGCCUGGCCCUACAGUGCCUCAGACAGUCCCCUCAACAAUGCACACAACUCAGUAAAGUACACAGACUACAAGACCAGCUGGCCCCCAGAGCCCAUCGGACACAAAUCCUGGAAAGCGACCCGUGGCAGCAGCCAGAGCCAGCUGUCCCGCCCACCUCCAGGACUCGCCAGUCAAAAGCAGCCAUCGCCUUCCAAUUGGUCUGGAGGAGCCCCUCGAUUGGCUGGCCGGGGCUGGGGCGGCGGCUCUAGCACCGCUGCCUCAACCUGGAGUGAUGGCAGCUCUCGGGAAAGCUGCUGGUUGGUGCUCAGCAACCUCACACCACAGAUCGAUGGCUCCACUCUGAGGACCAUCUGCAUGCAGCAUGGCCCCCUGCUGACCUUUCACCUUGGCCUGACCCAGGGCACCGCUCUGAUUCGCUACGGCUCCAAACAGGAGGCGGCCAAGGCCCAGAGCGCACUCCACAUGUGUGUUCUGGGUAAUACCACCAUCUUGGCGGAGUUCGUGAGCGAGGAGGACGUGGCUCGCUACAUUGCACAUUCCCAGGCAGGAGGAGCGGGCAGCGGAGGAACCACGGCCGGGUCCGCAGGCUCCGGGCCGACGGCCUCCUCCACAGUGGGGUCCAACGGUAACGGAGGGAGCUGCGAGAGAGGCGUAGCGGGAGGAGGAGGAGGAGGAGUAGAAGGAGGAGGAGGCUCCGCAGCUGGAGGAGCAGGAAACGGAGGAUCCGGGCCUUCCAGCUCCGGGUGGCAGAGUCUGGACAGCACGGGCAGCUCAUUGGACCAGUCCGGCGCCCAGGGGCCCGGGCUGGGCAUCUUCGCACAGUGGAGCAGCAACGGGACCGGGAUGGGCGGGGCCGGCGGCGUGGAGGGCGGGAGGCAGGGUCUGUGGGGGGGCAUGGGGGGGAUGAGCGGGGCGGGGUACCCCAGCAGCAGCAGCCUCUGGGGUUCCCCGGCACUUGACGAUCGUCACCAGAUGGGCAGCCCCGCCUCGCUGCUGCCCGGGGACCUGCUGGGCGGGGGGGCCGACUGACACACACACACACACACAUUUUACACCCAAGUUGUAAUACGUAAUGCCACGCUCUCUUCAUUUACACAUAGAGAUGACAUGAAUUAAAGCUCCAUUGGUCACCCAACAUGCAGUACAUGCACACAUCGCCCUCACACACACACACACAUCGAACCGCUCGACUUUAAAUGAAGACGACAGUAAAACUUGAACCGGGGGAAAAAGGUGAAUCCAUUAAACUGUUUAGGACUCAUCUGGAUAGCUCUCUUGUCUUUCACAUCCCACCAUCUGCAUUCAGAGACCCGAUCACUCAGGCAUGCACUGUCGACCGGCUCAGCCAGAGUCCUACGCGUCAACAAGUUUAGCUCUUGCUGUUUUUAGUGUGCCGCAGUUUAUUUUCUUUUUGUAUUUGCUAUUUAAAGGGUCGAAUCUCAAAAAAAAAAUCCGACUUGCAGACUGAGCGCUCGUAGACCUGGCUGGCGUACUUCUAAGUUCUCGUGUUUUUGGAAGUUUUUAGAGCGAGGAAAGGAAUCUGGAGUUUGUCACAACAAAAAAAUGGGGGACGGCGGCGCCACACUACUGAGUCAAAUGGACCAUCGGCAACCUUUUUGAGAUCUGAAAAAAAGAGGAGGAGAGCGUUUUUAGUACCGGCGCCUCUACCGUGGUGGAAAUAUGCCAUCAACAUGGGACCCAGGGUCAAAGAAAAGAAAAACCGAAACAACAUUAGCCAAACUUGCACUAUAUGCCUCUGGGUUUGUUGUUGAUGACGAAUCCUCCACAAAUCCCUCCAUGUUUUGUUGUUUUUUUGAACCGGCUUCAGCUCCACGGACCGUACAGGAAGUCCUAAUGUUACAACAGCAGUGGCCUUGGCUAACAACCAGCGGUCGCACACCCGCCAUGUCAGCAGCCUUCACACCUCCUCAUCACUUACACACUGCUCUUAUAUUUGACAAGCAAAAUUGUAUCUCCUUGUUGACGUACGUCGGUUGUUUAUCAUUUUUGCUUUAAAAGAGAAAAGUGUGAAACUUUGUCCUUUUUCUCCUCCCCGUUCAAAACACUGACCUCGCUAUUGUAUUUGUUUCUUACUCGAGAAAUCAAGUUGGUUAUUAUAUAUUGUCACGGCGUAAAUGAUGACUAUGAUCACUUGUUUACUCGCUGUACAAGGUGCCCUCCCUCCAGCCUGUGUGUGCAUGAACGGAGUGAUGACAGUACGCCUGGAGGAGGACGUGAUGAAGAUAUUAAUGACGACGAUAUCCGGAGUGUCUGUGUUAAUUAAUACAAUGUGGAAUGUUUUUUUGUCCAUGAGAGAUUCAUGAUAAAUCUGUGUGUGUGUGUGUGCUUGCGAACACUUAUCUGCUCCAGUCAGGGAAGUGAAACGAUGUUAAUCUGACGGCUUAUAUUUGAGAGAAAGGGUGUGUGUGUGUUUGUGUGCUUGACUGUCUGGAUAUUGUAAUAGCUAAAGAGUUUAAAAAACAACAUUGGCACUAUUGCAUAUGUCUCUUAAGUUGUUUUUUUAGCAGCAUUUAUUUCCCGUUUGUGUUUUUUUUUUUUUUUGCCAAAUGCAAUAACAGAAUAUUUUCUUUUUAAGACGAAGCAACCAACUGAAGGCAUUUCUAUUACGAUGCCAAAUCCUUAGCAUACCAAGCUGAGCUGGAACAGUGUUUUACAGACACGUUAAAGACAUUUACCUGUUAUGUUUGUUUCUUUUUUGUUAUGUAUCAAUCUAAAUUAAGUCAGUCCUUAUUAUCACUCCUGUUCAGGAUGUUUUCAUUUAUUUCAGAUGUUACAAAAAGAAGAGGAAAUUAAUUUAAAGCAGAAAAGAACAAGAUAAUAAAGGUUGAAUUGAA